GAGAUUGCGUCACUUCCUGGUUCUGCAUCUGACGUGUCUAAAACAGUUUUGCUCUGGUGGUGGGAUCGCACUCGUGGGGGAUUUAUCAGCUAUUGGACUAAUAUCUAAAACGUCGUGGCAAGAUGCUAGAUUUCUUCACCAUCUUCAGCAAAGGGGGGAUAGUGUUGUGGUGUUUUCAGGGAGCCGGGGUCACUGAAUCCUUCACCGGCCCUGUCAACGCUCUGAUCCGCUCCGUAAUCCUCCAGGAGCGAAGUGGGAACAAUUCAUACACUCAUGACAAACUGAGGCUGAAAUACAAACUCGACAAUGAGUUUGAGUUGAUUUUUGUGGUGGGUUUUCAAAAUAUCCUGACGCUGACAUAUGUGGACAAGUUCAUAGAUGACGUUCAGCUCCACUUCAGGGAUCGUUAUAAGAAUGAGCUGGAGCAAAGGGGAGCUCUGAAGCUAUUAAAUAACAACUUUGAAUUUGAGGAAAACUUCAAGAUGCUUCUCAGAGAGGCGGAGGAGAGCAGCAGAGUUAAAGGCCCCACCAACAUGCGGUCCUUUAAGGAGUCUGAGAAAUCCCAAAAAACUGUGAAGUCAAUGAUUGAGACCAAGGGUGGGGAAAAAAUCAAGGAGCAGGGUGGCAAGAAAAAUAAAAAUACCAAAAAGGAGGCUCCUGCAGCUGAGCCUGUCAAAAUGGAUCAAGGCAAGGCCUCAUCCUCUGGGCAGAAGGUGGUCGAGAACGGUAACCAGGGCUUGACUCCCGAGGAGAUCAUGCUGAAGAAGAGAGAGGAAUUCUUUCGCAAGCGCACAGUGGUACCUGUUGAAAAAGCCACUAAGUCCCCAAAGCCUCAGAAGCCUAAGGAGAAACAGAGGCGUGUUUGGGACAUGGGUGGUAGCAGCACCAAGGACCUGGACUACAGCAACAAUGAUGGAGGCAGUUCCCAAAAUGGUGACAAACAGAAUGAGGAAGCACAAAUUGAUCUGGGGAUGCAGCUGAGCUCCAUGAAGGGAGACCUGCUGUCUGUGGAGUGUGAGUCCAGUGAUGAAGAGGAGAUGGAGGAGGAGGAGGAGGAGGAGAGAGUGGUUGUCAGUGAAACAAGCAAGGCAAGCUCUAAAAAAGCUGGCGGUUUUGGGGGCAUGUUUGGGAUGCUGAAGGGCCUGGUGGGCUCCAAGAGCCUGACUCGGGAUGACAUGGAGUCAGUACUGGACAAGAUGAAGGACCACCUCAUUGCAAAGAAUGUAGCAGCCGACAUCGCCUCCCAGCUCUGUGACUCUGUAGCCAAAAAACUGGAAGGCAAAGUCAUGGGCACAUUCACCACUGUGGCCUCAACUGUAAAGCAGGCCCUGCAAGACUCACUGGUGCAGAUCCUGCAGCCCAAGCGCAGGGUGGAUAUUCUGAGAGAUGUCAUGGAGGCGCAGAGCCAGCGGAGGCCUUUUGUCAUCACAUUUUGUGGUGUCAAUGGGGUUGGAAAGUCCACCAACCUGGCCAAGAUCUCUUUUUGGCUGAUAGAGAACGGUUUCACUGUGCUGAUCGCAGCCUGUGACACGUUCCGUGCUGGAGCAGUGGAGCAGCUCCGCACUCAUCAGCGCCGCCUGAACUCUCUGCAUCCUCCAGAGCAGCACGGGGGGCGUCCGGUAGUCCAGCUCUAUGAGAAGGGCUACGGCAAGGACGCUGCUGGAAUCGCCAUGGAGGCCAUUGCCUAUGCCCGCAACCAGGCCUUUGACGUGGUGCUGGUGGACACUGCUGGGCGUAUGCAGGACAACGCCCCCCUAAUGACAGCCCUGGCCAAACUUAUCGCGGUCAACAUGCCCGACCUGGUACUGUUUGUUGGAGAGGCUCUGGUUGGCAAUGAGGCAGUUGACCAGCUGGUAAAGUUCAAUCAGGCUCUGGCAGACCACUCCAUGUCUGACAAGCCUCGCCUCAUUGAUGGAAUCGUUCUCACUAAGUUUGACACCAUCGACGACAAGGUUGGUGCUGCCAUCUCGAUGACCUACAUUACAGGCCAGCCCAUUGUGUUUGUGGGCACAGGGCAGACCUACAACGACCUGCGCAGCCUCAACGCCCGCGCCGUGGUCAGCGCCCUGAUGAAGGCCUAAGCGGCUGCAUGUUCUGCUGUUUAUUCAUCGUCGCAACAAAGCCAACAAUGCGUUUUUGCCACGCUGCCGUGAGAUGUCCCAGCCCCGCUAACCUGCGUUUCACAUCCUCCUGUCGUUGCCCACUCUACUUUGCAUCAAACAAAGAACUGGUGUCACGCACAGGACUUUAUUCUUCCAGUAAAGGACAAGUGUGCACUUUGAAAGACAGAACAUUUUGCAGCAAAGCCAGAGGGGCCUCCCUUUGAAUCAUGUCUAAACUUUUGGGCCUACAUUGAAACGUACCUCAGACCAGCCAGAGUUUUGAAACAAUAAGUCCCAUCCCAAUGACAUUUUAGCUGACUAAAUGGACCUAGGCUGUAAAUGUCAUCAGCUUACUGGUUUACACAGUAAAGACUUAAAAAAAAAACCUCCCUACCUGGCAUUUUGUCAGUCAGUUUUCCCCUCUUCAUGUAAAUGAGGUCAGGUCGUGAAGGCUUGCUGGAUGUGACAUUUCAGCAGCUGCCUGUGCCUGAGGAAAGCUUAGUGACCAUAGUGCCUAUCUGUCUCCUGUCUUCUUAGUUAACCCUUUCACUACACAGGUGGUUACCAGUCAAGAGUGCCAUGGCAGUUCAGGUCAGAAAGAGUCUGAAUCUGUUUACAACAUACAGUCAAAAACUGGGCAUAAUUAUUAGCACUUACGAAGUUAGUAAACUCCCCUGUCAAAAAUGGUACACCAUUCCUGGAGUGAUUGCUGUGAAUAUCCCAGAGCUCUUUGCCAACCCAACACACAGUUAACACAUUUGUUAUAACAUGGAGACUUUGAUUCCUCAGUUUAUCUUCAAAGAAAAGUGGAAAGAUAUUUUGUAAAUUAAUGUUUUAGUUCCUACAGGCUUUCCUUAUAUUUUCAGGUCGGUUAAGCUCUACGGGCCUUUUUAUUUAUGUUGUGUCUCCCCCCCCCCCGAUACACUCCUCAUUUGGAAGAGGAAAUAUGUCUUAAAUAUAUCUAGCCCCCUUUAAUUUGUGGUAGUGCAAUAUGAGAGAAUCAAAAGUUAUAAAGAUGAUUUGAGCUAAUUUAUGAGAAUGUAAACAUUUCUAAAUAAAGCUGCUAUAUGCUAUGACA